CGUUAGAAGUUGCUCGCAGGACCCUGUGACGAGAUCGGACACUGGGCAUUCAGACGCAGAGAUGCUCAUCCAGGAGUCCUACAAAGAUGUGCCGACAAAGGCAGCCGGAGAAGGCACAAUGCGCAUCCAUAUCUUUCAUCCUACCAUAGCGGGAUAUCCGCACGCAAAAUUUCCUGGUGUGGUGGUUUUUUCUGAGAUCUAUCAGGUCACCGGCCCUGUUGCUCGGUUCGCCAGACAGAUUGCUGGACAAGGCUACAUCGUUGCUGCCCCUUCUUCCUACCAUGAGUUCACUGGCCCUGAACCUCUAGCAUACGACGGACCGGGUACAGAUGCAGGCAACGAGUGGAAAAUAAAGAAGAAGCUGGCCGCAUACGACGAAGAUGCGGAAUUGUCGGUCUCCCUAUUGCUGGGUCUGAAAACAUGCAAUGGAAAGGUGGGAGCUACCGGGAUGUGUCUUGGAGGUCAUCUUGCCUACCGCUGUGCAUUGGAUGCAAGAGUCAAGGCUGCAGUCUGCUACUUCGCUACAGACAUCCACAGUCACAGCUUGGGCGAAGGAAAGAACGACGACAGCUUAAAGAGAGCGGGUGACAUUAGGGGAGAACUGGUCAUGAUCUUCGGCAAGAGUGACAACCACGUCCCUCCAGAAGGAAGAGAUCUCAUUCGAAAGACAUUACACGAAGUAGGGGCCGACUUCUCGUUCUACGAGGUCUUUGGAGCACAGCAUGCCUUCAUCCGAGACGAGUUGAGCAAAGGGCGGUAUGACCCUGCAAUCAGCAAAAUCUGCUUCGAGAUGCUGCUGGAAGUCUUCGAACGGAGAUUGAAGUUGGAUCUGGGAGAACCGAGUGGAGAGAAAUUGGUGGUUGAAGACGUAUGCUAAGAUGCAUACUACUAGGGAAGUGAAGCAACGCAUUGAAGCAUAUAUCUUAUGUUACCCCAACUGUCCUAUCUACGGGCUUGACAUGUCACA